CUUUCAGUACCUCAGUUGUGACCAUUCAAAUAUGAUUUUUUUGCAGACAGCCCCAAGGUUCCUGAAUAUUUAAUCUACCACUUGGACAUCUGGCUUCACUACAAUGCAACAAGCUUUAGAACUGGCAUUGGACCGUGCAGAGUAUAUCAUUGAAAGUGCCCGUCAGAGACCUCCCAAACGAAAAUAUUUAUCCAGUGGAAGAAAAUCUGUGUUUCAAAAGCUGUAUGAUUUGUAUAUAGAAGAAUGUGAGAAAGAGCCUGAGAUAAAGCAGAAGCUGAGGCGAAAUGUGAACUUACUUGAGAAGCUGGUUAUGCAGGAGACGUUGUCAUGUCUGGUUGUGAAUCUCUAUCCAGGAAAUGAGGGAUAUUCACUUAUGCUCAGGGGAAAAAAUGGCUCAGAUUCUGAGACCAUUCGACUGCCUUAUGAAGAAGGAGAAUUGCUUGAAUAUUUGGAUGCAGAGGAGCUACCACCUAUUUUGGUUGACCUUUUGGAAAAAUCUCAGGUUAAUAUUUUUCAUUGUGGGUGUGUCAUAGCAGAAAUUCGUGACUACAGACAGUCUGGUAACAUGAAAUCACCAACAUACCAAAGCAAGCACAUUCUUUUGCGUCCAACAAUGCAAACUUUAAUAUGUGAUGUGCAUUCUAUAACCAGUGACAACCACAAAUGGACACAAGAGGAUAAACUUCUACUUGAAAGCCAGCUUAUUUUAGCUACGGCAGAGCCUCUGUGUCUUGAUCCUUCAAUAGCAGUAACCUGCACAGCAAAUAGACUCCUCUAUAACAAGCAGAAGAUGAAUACUCGACCAAUGAAACGGUGCUUUAAGAGAUACUCCAGGUCAUCUCUGAAUAGGCAGCAGGAUGUGGCUCAUUGUCCGACUCCACCUCAGCUGAGAAUACUUGACUACUUACCUAAAAGAAAAGAAAGGAAAGGAGCCCAACAAUAUGAUCUCAAAAUUUCUAAAGCUGGAAAUUGUGUAGAUAUGUGGAAACAGAAUCCUUGCUGCUUGACUGCUCCUUCUGAAGUGGAUGUGGAAAAAUAUGCCAAAGUGGAAAAGUCUAUCAAACCUGAUGACUCGCAACCAACUGUCUGGCCAGCACAUGAGAUAAAAGAUGAUUAUAUAUUUGAAUUUGAAGUUGGUAAUCAACUUCAGAAAACAAAACUGACCAUUUUUCAGUCUCUUGGUAAUCCUCUGUACUAUGGUAAAAUACAGACACUCAAAGGUGAUGAGGAGAAUGAGAGCCUAAUAUCUCCAUCACAGUUUCCAAUUGGCUCCAAGACUGAUGCUGAAAGGGUCAUAAACCAAUACCAAGAGCUAAUUCAAAAUGAAGCUAAAUGUCCUGUGAAGAUGUUUCAUAAUUCAGGCGGAUCAGUCAAUCUAAGUCAUCUUUCUCCAGGGAAGGAAAUGGAACAGCCAGAAAGUUUGUCGGGUUCUGUUCAAUCUUCAGUAUUGGGAAAGGGUGUGAAGCACCGACCUCCCCCGAUCAAAUUACCUUCAAGUUCAGGAAGUAGCUCUUCAGGUAAUAUUUUUAGUCCACAGCAGUCAAGUGGCCACCUAAAGUCCCCAACUCCUCCUCCUCCUCUUCCUCCUUCUAAGCCUCCCAGUCUCUCUCGGAAACAAUCUAUGGAUCUUAGUCAAGUUAGCAUGCUUUCUCCAGCUGCCAUGUCUCCUGCAAGUUCUUCACAAAGAGCCGGUGCAGUUGUAUCUCUGUGGUCUGGAACUCCUAAACCAUCUACUCCUACUCCAACCAACACCCCUUCAUCGACCCCACACCCUCCUGAUGCUCAGAGCUCAACUCCUAUUACCCCUUCUGCCACCCCUACUCCCCAAGAUUCAGGCUUCACCCCUCAGCCCACUUUGUUAACCCCGUUUGCUCAGCAGCAAAUGUCACUGAGCCAGGCAUUGCCUGUAAUGACCAUUCCUCUUUCCACCAUGGUAACAUCCAUUACUACAGGAACAGCCUCCACCCAGGUCAUGGCAAACCCUGCAGGACUUAACUUCAUCAAUGUAGUGGGCUCUGUUUGCGGAGCACAGACAUUGAUGAGUGGCUCAAACACCAUGCUGGGAUGUAAUACCGGUGCCAUAACCCCUGCAGGUAUAAAUCUGAGUGGCAUAUUACCAUCAGGAGGUCUGGUACCAAAUGCGCUGCCAGCUGCAAUGCAGUCUGCCUCUCAAGCAGGCAGCACUUUUGGUUUAAAAAAUACUUCCAGUCUUCGGCCUUUAAAUCUACUACAGCUUCCAGGUGGCUCGCUUAUUUUCAACCCACUCCAGCAGCAGCAGCAACAACAGCUAUCACAGUUUUCUCCACAGCAGCCGUCCCAACAGCCUACCACCUCUAGUCCUCAACAACAGGGAGAACAGGUGUCUGAGCAAGGUUCAUGCAAUCAAGACCAGGCCUUGUCUGCCCAACAAGCUGCUGUCAUUAACCUUACUGGAGUAGGGAACUUUAUGCAGCCUCAAGCAACAGCAGUUGCGAUUCUUGCAGCAUCAAACGGCUAUGGCGGCAGCAGCACAAGCAGCUCACCUACGACAUCAGCAACAUUCAGGCAGCCACUCAAAAAGUAAAAGGAAGAGAGGUGCCCCAGCCCCUCCGAGCUCCUGAGCCUGGCAAUUUUAUAUCUAAAAAAAGGUCUUUGAUUUAAAACUUUUUUUAACAAAUUAUUUUUAAGAAAGGAGAAAGCUCAGAAAUCAGUAUUUUACAUUGCUGGUAAGAAAAAUGAACUUUUCAAAUUACACUGAAGUGUGUAAACUGUAUCUGGAAGCCAAGCCUAUGGAAAAUAGGAAUUUCAUCUAAUAAGCAGCUAGGGUUUGGUUUCUGGAAGUCACUUAAUAUUUUUAACAAAAUAUUUUGCCUUGUAUUUUUUACCAUUCAGCAACAUUGUACAUAGUUCAGGGGUGAUGAGACAUUUUAAGGCAAAAAUGAACUUUGUAAAUGUAGUAUUGGUAUUUGUUUAUUUAGUAUAAAAGGUUUGUGAACACUGUAACAAAUACAAUUUUUACAAAUCCA